GUAGUCAGUAUUCAGGCCGGUCAGUCAGGCGCAGUUCUCCGUCAGUCGUUGUCGAGUUGCCGUAACGUCUGGAUUGUUGUCACCAGAAUCGCGAUCGCCACUUGCUAACCCGCUAAAGAUCAACCAAAAUGUCUAACGGAAAAGUUAUACACAUUCAGAACACCGAUGACUUGAAGGCCAAGCUGAAAGACGCGGGCAACAAAUUGGUAGUUAUUGACUUUUUCGCUGUUUGGUGCGGACCAUGCAAGAUGAUCGGACCGAUGGUCGAAGAAUUGGCGAAGGAACUCGACAACGUCGUUUUUCUAAAAGUUGACGUCGACGAAUGCGAGGAUAUUGCUGCCGAAUACGACAUCGCCAGUAUGCCCACGUUUGUUUUCAUAAAACAAAACGAAGUGCUGGAGAAGUUUUCCGGCGCAAAUUUCGAGAAACUCAAAAGUACCGUUCAAAAGCACAAUUAAAUAAUUUCUGCAAUUUAAAUAUGGCUGUAUUUUUUAAUACUGUAUUAUUAUAGCGCUAUAUUUUACGCAAGCAAUAUUAUGUAUCUCAAUCACACUUCUCUGAUGAAAAAGACACAAUUUUUGUAAUAUGCAAUGGUGAUGUUUAAAAAAAAAAAAAAACUCGACACGACACAAAUUUGAUUUUUUUUUUCUUAAGCUCAGAAAAUUCUGUUGCGCCAAAAUAUAUACUCAAAUUAUAAAAAUACAUGUAUAACAAUUACAUAAAAUAUACAAAUAUGCCUUAAUGAUUAAUAAAGUUGUGGAAGUUGGA